UAUUGAAUAGAAAAAAAGUAAAUUAAAUUUCCCAAAUAUAUGCGACAAGUAAACUGAAGAGCAAAACAUUGUGGAACAACGGCAGCAAACCAGCAGUCCGCCAAUUUCCAGCACCAUAACUUCAAACCGUCAACAAUUUGCAACUCCAUCUUUGAAAUGUUUUUCCUUCUGCUGAAGAAUUUGGCAUUAUAAACAUUGACUGUCAUAAACAUGGCAUCAUCUGUAAUGAGUUCGGGUGCCUUGCUCAUGUUGGAAGAGCUGAAACCAUCUUCUCCACAUUUCCAGAAUGGAGCAUCACUUCGAGUUACUGGAAAAUUAUUGGACUAUAAAGUGGAGACCGAUGUGGCAAUUAUUAUCGAUGGAAAUGCAACACUGAAGAUUGACACACAACACUUGAAGAUACGCUGUCGAGUGGGUUCCAUCUACCAGUUUAUAGGGGAACUCUUCUUUGAUUCUGAAAAUCAGCCGAUACUGAAAGCACGGAUUGGAAGGAUUGUUGAUGGCUUGGACCUUAAUCUGUACCGUCAGUCUCUGCAGCUCUUGAAAGAUUUUCUGGCAGAGGAAGCGCAUAGCCAAUGACUCCAGUUUUUUAUAUUUGAGUGGUUUUGCCUCUUUGUACAGGGAUGAUGAUUUGUUGCUUCUAUCUGUCUUGAAAAGCUUAGGGAUAUACUUCGUAUGCUGGAGCUGCUGAUUGCAAGGCUUCCAAACUUGAUUACAUGCUUUAAAUUAGCAGCAUUUAUACUUUGUAGUAUUAGUUGACAUGUUAUUUAGCAACUUAAUUAGUCUAGUAUGUUGAUUUAUUGAGUUUAAUGGGUUAAUGUAUGGCAUGGCUACGAUCUACUUCUUCA